CGUGUGCUCUGUCCACUUGCUGAAAGCUGAGUCGGAUCAACAGGGACAAGAUCGUCCCUCAGCAUCGUGACCAAAAGGGUGCCCGUUUGGGAGCCAAAGCCGUCUUUGCAGAAGCAAAUUCAUCCCCUUCACACCUAAAUGAGCCACUCAUCUCCAGCUGAGAAUCUUCUUCCUCCCCAGCUUCCAAUGCCUGAUACCAUUUCUUUGAAGCAGAGUUUCAUGCUCUUCCCUCUGGUUCCAUGGCAAAGCUUCUUCACAUCCAUGGAGCCCACGCCCCUGGCCUCGUUCUCUUCUUCGUCUCUCUUCACUACCCACUUCUUCUUCUCGCUCUUUCCUCCGCCUACACCACCCAGACCAAGCACUUCAUCAAUUGUGGAUCAAGCAACACCGAAAAAUAUAUCAACAGGGACUUUGUCGGGGACACGAGUUCUGACUCCGUCUCCUUCACAAAACGGAGUACCUCCUCCACCCAAUCCAGCAGCCAAUCAUCGAGCGUCUCACCUAUCUACGACACAGCAAGAAUCUUCAGAAGCCCUUCGUCACAAUACGUUCUUGAUGGAACCGAUAAAGGUACUCAUAUGGUGCGACUCCACUUUUUCCCUUUCGCUUCCACAAGCAAUCUCUCCGCGGCUGUGUUCAAUGUUUCUGUAAAGGGGCUCACACUUCUCAGCAAUUUCCAAAUUCCCAGUAGUACCAACUCUCCUGUAGUGGAGGAGUUCUUGCUUAGCAUAAAUAGUACUAAAUUUGUACUCUAUUUUAGUCCUCAAGGGUCAUCCUUUGCAUUUAUAAAUGCCCUUGAAGCGUUCCUUGUGCCAGAUAGAGUCAUUCCUGAUUCUGCUCCGAGUGUGGGCACUUCAGCGAUCAAUAGCAGCAACAAUAGUGGAAAUUCCUCCCAGGUCUCGCGAGCAGUUUAUCGAAUAAACGUCGGAGGCGAUGAAGUAAAUCCGGUUGAUGAUAGUUUGUGGAGAAGUUGGAAUCCUGAUGAUAAUUACAUACAUGUCCCAAAUGCUGCACAAAACAAAUCUAGCUAUGGUGCUGGUCUUCAUUACCAGGAUGAUCAAGACCAAUACUUAGCAUCAGAACGGGUCUACUUGACUGCUAAAGUGAUGAAUGUGAAUUUUACCAAUGGGGAAUUAUACCCCAACACCACCUGGAGUUUCAAGGUGAGUGCAAACGCCUGGCACUUGGUCCGGGCUCAUUUCUGCGACUUCAUUAGCCCUUCUCUCAGGACGGUGUUCUUCAAUCUCUAUGUUAAUGGGAAUCUCACUGAGUACAUCGACCCAUAUGGUACAAAGGGGAUAUAUCAGCUUGUGGUUCCUUUUCAUUAUGAUUUUGUUGUUCAACCGGGCAACUCAGGGCUAGUGAACAUCAGCAUAGGCCUCCUUAAUGCCUCAGACACAACAUAUCAGCGAGCCUAUCUCAAUGGCCUGGAGAUAAUGGAGAUAAUAGGGUCGUGGGACUCGGAUUUUGUGCCCGCAGAGGGCGGUAACCAGAAUAAGCACGUCGGCCUCAUGAUUGGGCUAGUUUCUGGAGGCAUCGUGCUUCUUUGCAUAUGUGUUUCUGCUGCGAUCUUCAUAUGCAAGUAUAGAAAGCCAAAGAGAACCGAAAUUUCGGCUUCGUCGCGGUUGCCUGCAUUCGGAGGAGGCAGUUCUCACAGUAAACUGACUGAGCAAAGUACCCACGGCUCUGCUGUCCCUAAUUUUCAUCUAGGGCUGAAAGUACCCCUUGCUGAAAUCCAUUUCGCUACCAACAACUUCGAUGGCAAACUUUUGAUUGGAAAGGGCGGAUUCGGCAAUGUCUAUAGAGGAACUCUCAGGGACGGCACUAAAGUUGCCGUGAAACGGAGUGAGCUGGGGUCGGGACAAGGCUUCUCCGAGUUCCAAACAGAGAUCACCGUUUUGUCCAAAAUCCGCCAUCGCCACCUUGUAUCCUUAAUUGGGUACUGCGCUGAACGGUCUGAGAUGAUACUUGUUUACGAGUUUAUGGAGAAGGGGAGCUUAAGAGAUCGCCUGUACAAUUCCGAUUUCCCAUACUUACCAUGGAAGCAAAGGCUUGAGAUCUGCAUUGGAGCGGCCCGGGGCUUGAAUUACCUCCACAAAGGUGCAGCUGGAGGAAUUAUUCACCGUGACAUCAAGCCCACCAACAUUUUGCUUGACGAGAAUUACGUUGCAAAGGUCGCUGACUUUGGUCUGUCCAAGUCGGGGCCGCUGGAUCAAAGCCAAACACAUGUGAGUACGGGGGUCAAGGGCACCUUCGGGUACCUCGAUCCAGAGUACUUUAAGACCCAGCAGCUGACGGAAAAAUCAGAUGUGUACUCGUUUGGAGUGGUUCUUCUCGAGGUGCUAUGCGCAAGGCCUGCUAUCGACCCUUCGCUUCCUAGAGACCAGGCAAACUUGGCUGACUGGGGCAUUACAUGCAUACAGAAUGGAAUCAUUGAGCAAAUAGUGGAUCCUCAUCUUGCUGGUCAGAUCAAUCCUAACUCGCUGAGGAAAUAUGGGCAGGUUGCUGAGAAAUGCGUGCAAGAAGAGGACGAAAAGAGGCCUAGCAUGGGCGAUGUCCUCUGGGACUUGGAAUACGCCUUGCAGCUUCAGCAAACUGCGGUGAAAAGAGAGAUGUACGACGACAGUGUAACCGACGGUUCAUCCAUAUUGACUCUUUCAAACGUGAGGAAGCUCCCAUCAUUUAGCACGGACACGGUCGAGGAAGAGGGUGUGGGCAAAGAAGGGGCGGAUAGCUCAGAGAUGUCCAUGAGUGGAGUUUUUUCCCAGAUGAAGAUUGAUGAAGCCAUAUGAGUUUCAUGUUGCAGUAUACUUAUUUAACGUGUUUCUGAGUAGUUUUCAGAUUAGCAUUCUAUAUAUCUGAGAAUGAAGUGUGCAUGUACCAAUCGUCGUAAAUUCCAUCUUGUUGAAGCAUCUGAUUUAAUGAUAGUUGUUGCUGUUGUAAUGUGUAAGCGUAUUAUUGUUUAUUGUACAAGUGAGGGCAACAUUUGACCGUGAUAAAUCCGAAUGCGAGAAAUAUUGUACACCCCUUACUUGCAGACCUUAAAUAAAUACUUGUUUGACAGAUUGCACCAUGGAUGUCCUGCUCUGUAAUUGUUAUCAGUAACGAUGUUAUAUGGCUUUUAUAAUUAUGUGCUAUUAUUGGAGAUUGCACACGCCCUAUUGUUAUUUCUUUUAAUGGAUUUCAAUAAAUUUGGUUAGA